CUUGGUGCAAGUGCAAUCGUCGUGUCCGUGCGUGGAUCCCUUUUCACACGACUUCGUCAUUACUUCAUUAUUUUGCAUUACGAUUUAAGAAUUUCACAACAUUUCGAUAGUCUAGCUUCGUGCUUAGGUUGCGGUGAUUCGUGAGCAACAUUUUGUACAUAGAUACCUCGUAGGAAUAGCGUAUUUAGGCGCCCAAGUCUAGCCCUUAGUUUUUGUCACAAAAGAAAAAUAUGUCUUCGUCGCCGUGGGGAACAGUGGCAGCGGUCGAGGCCGUCGAUUUCCAGGAGAUCAUGUCCGAGGAAUUUGCACGCGGUUUGCAGAAACAAGAGGGAGGAGGGGUGAUUUCGGCGAGAGUCCAAGAAGCGAAGCACUCGAGAAAGGAAGCGGUGGCCGGGGCAAUGCCGCCAGUGAAGGCUGUUGUGAAACCGGAAGAGUUUGAACCAAUGCCCGGUUGCUCCAAGGCGAUAGAUCCGGGAUUGCUGGAGGAAAGUGGUGGAGCCGUGGGUGGAUUCGCAGAGGCUGCCAUACCGGAGGAUGUUCUCCGGGCUAUCGAGGAAGCGGACCAGAAGCAGCUGGAUUCGGAUGCGGCGAUUGCCAAGUUGCUGCAGGCUCAGUUCGAUAGUGAAUACGAUGACGAACUGAAGCGUGUGGAGGACCACCGUAACAAGAAUUCUUGCGUGAAGAUAUCGCUGAAGAAUUACCGGAUGGUACCGGAAGAGUUGGUGUACGAAGAGGUGCAGGAUAUUCCUUUGGAUCCGAAGGCGGAUUGGGAUAGAUUCGAGACGAACGAAAAAGAGCAAAAGUCUAUACCGAAGGUAGGCUACAAGGUAAACGAGGACGGAGAAAUGGUUACCAAGCACAAUCAGGAUAUUUCCGGGCGGAAGAACGCUUGCAAGGUGAUGUCGUUUCCGCCGGAGUUUUCUACCGGAGAUGGUGCCGGUUUCGAUAUGAAACUGUCCAACAAGGUGUUCAAUCAGCUGAAAACGCAUUCGAAGAAGGCCACCAAGAAGCAGCACAAAGCUCAGGACCGAAAGGAGAACAUCGCGACGGCGGAAAUGGGUCUGGAUGAGCCGACUCGGAUGAUUCUGUACAAGUGGAUCAAUAACCAACUGCUAGAAUCGAUCGAUGGAAUCAUCUCGACCGGGAAGGAAGCUGUCAUUUUACAUGCCGAAACGGAUCCGAUGAAUCCAAACCUAGAAGAGGGUGACUCGCAUCCGAAGGAAGUGGCCAUUAAGAUUUUCAGCACCACAUUGAACGAGUUCAAGCAGCGUGAUCGAUACAUUAAGGAUGACUUCCGGUUUGCCGGAAGGUACUCGAAGCAGAACGCCAAGGUGGUCAUCAACAUGUGGGCCGAAAAGGAGUUGCACAAUCUGAACCGAAUGAAAAAGUACGGCAUUCGGUGUCCGGAAAUCGUUGCACUGAAGAAGAACGUCCUGGUGAUGUCCUUCAUUGGGGAAAACAUGGUUCCGGCGCCGAAGUUGAAGGAGGCCAUCCUGAGCGAUGCGCAGUUGAUUUGUGCCUACGAAGAGCUGGUGGAGAUCAUGUACAAGCUGUACAACGAGGCCCGGCUGGUGCAUGCCGACAUGUCCGAGUAUAAUGUGCUGUGGUUCGAUGAGCAGUGCUGGAUCAUCGAUGUGGCUCAGUCGGUGGAACCGGGCCAUCCCGGUGCGUUGGAGUUCCUGAUGCGAGAUUGUGACAACAUCAGCACGUUCUUCACCAAACGCGGAGUCAGCGGCGUCAAGAGUAAAGAGGAUCUGUUCUUCCACAUCACCGGCUUGGAUCCCCUGACGCACAAUGCCACGAUUCUGGAGCGUAUCCACAUGAAGGGUCAACCGGCUCACAAGGUCAGCGGAAUCGAUGAUGACACCCCGGAUCACUUCAAGCCGGUUGAAUAUCCGUUCGAUUUUGCGUGGAAAGUGGUUAACAACAAGAGCCACGGGAAAAGGAAAAGUCCCACUACGACGCUUGGGGAAGGCCCACUUUCGCACUGUCAGUCACAAGCCACAGCAGCAGGUUCAACAGUUGCGGGAGUCAGCGAUAUGGCGGAAGAAAGGAUAGCGGCGUAAUGAGCUGGAAGUUAAACCGAGGAGUAGUGGAUGCAGGUAAGUUAACGGAUUUAAGACUAUUUAUUUAACGAAAUAUGUGGACGCUUCGGAACAUGGACACCUCAUGCAAAAUAUGAAUGAUCGAUCGAA